GUGGGUCGCUACAAUAUGUUGAAAACAUUAGCUAUAAAUGGUUUUACAAUUGUUACAACUGUUAUAAAACAAUUACUGCAUAGGCAUGCGUAACCUUUUUCCACCCACGUUAAUUGACUGCAUGUCCCAGAAAGCAGUUCGGAUUACUGUUCCUGUCUUCAGUGUUUCGCACUGAUUUCUGUGCAAGGAUUUCGAGGGUGUGUGGCCAGGAUGUUUGACAGUGACCAGCAAAUGUUAUCUCUUCCUUGCAUUGACCGAGUGUCCAAUCACUAUCGUAUCUAGUGCUAAUCCAGGAUCAGAAUUUUUGUCGACAACGACGUCGUUGGAUGUUUUUUUCCCUUAUCCGAUCAGAUCAAAGUCUGGUCUACUUGCUACUGUAAUCGACAUUUUCACGGAAUCUCGGAUUGGCUCAAACAUACAGUUUUGCUAACGUGCUAACCAACUAACUUCUUAGUAGUGGCAACUAAGAUUGAAAAUUCUACGUGUAACCGUGAAAACAUUACUGUAGCCCAACACGGAGUGAAGGUAAUGGGGCUUCUUUAAUGAAAUUGAUGAGCGUGCAGGCUAGCCAGGCUAGGGACUGGAAUACGAUGCCUGGCUAGCAAUACCACAUCAGGUAAUUUCUGAACUAGCUCUACUCUGCUACCCUGCGUUUACCGAUUAGAGACAACUAGCCCUAGCUAUCUCCUACCAGCUUGCCUCGGCACUGCCCCGACAAACGAUCUAAUCCUCGUGUUUACUUUUUUAGACAGAUUAUUAGCUACCUAGUUUAUGUUGUUAUCUUUUGUUUACCUUUUGAAUAAAUUAGGGAGUUGGUUUAUAAAGUUGUAAGCAAACAUUUUCUCACGUAGUAGACUUGACAAAUUGAUAUUGUGUACUAGCUGGACAGCUAAUACCGGUAAUGUUAGUACUCGGCUAGCGCGAGCGGUUGCACACAACAACGCGCUCGCGAAUACAGGCCUUUCAGAGUUUUGAGCAUCAUUAGCAGCAUUAACUUUAGCAAAAUAGUUGUCUGUCUCUGUUCCUUACACGUAUCAGUCCAGGCGCUGUUGUCUAGGGCUAACGUUACACGUGGAAACUUUCAUCAUCAAAUUGUGACAUUUGUCAUGCAAAGACACCGCUGGGCUGAGUUAAGGCGAGUGCCAAUUGACGGAUUGAUACAGUUUCGCCUUGCAUUGUCCCAAACUUGCUAAAAGAGAUAAUGAUUUGAUUGCCGUGACCCGUGUCGUGUCACAUUUAUCUGGGGUCACAAGGCGUCAUUGUGGACAGAGGGGAGCAUUCUUCAAUUUGUGUAUUUUUUCAGGGGAGAAGACAACAUUCCCUACCUACCAUGGAGGGUAAUUUUCAAAAAGUGACUCCUUUAGCUCGAGAACUAACACGGGUAUUUAACAGCUACAACAAACACACCAUACAGCUAAAAAAGAACUUGAAGGAGACCAACUUAUUUUUCCGGGAAAUAAGACAGAACUACAGUAACGCCUGCGCGUCCGCAGUCAGUUCGGAAGUAGCUGCUUUGGAAGCAGGCCAGCUCAGCUGCAUCUCUUUCCCCCGCCAUGAAGAAGAGUUCCUCCAAAACACAGUGGGCGCCGCCCCUUACAUCAUGGUCCUGGGGCAGGAUUGUGCUGCGCGCUACCAGCUCCUCAACUGCCUGUUGGGGGAGAGACUGCUGCCCCUGGGGCCCGAGGCAGGCGAGGCCUGCGAGGGGGUCCAGGGCACCGUGUGCAAGAGGAGGAAGCUGUGCUUCACCCAUGGCAGACAGACGCGCCUCAGCCUGGCACUGCCGGGCCAGUACGAGCUGGUGCACCAGCUGGCAGCCCACUGUGGGCGCUGGGACACGGUGCCUCGCCAAGACCUGGAGAUCCAGGAGGAAUGUGAAGACCCGGCUCACAGACUGGCAGAGCUGGAGAUCACCCUGCACCACCCUCUGCUGCAGGAGGCCAAGAUCAUGGUGGUGCCGUGCCCCAGUGUCCAGCCCAUCCAGGAGGCCCUGGAGGACUGCACGCGCCACGUGGUUCCCAUCAUCCUCUACGCCCUCAGCCACGACUCUCUGAGUGGCGAGCAGGUGGCCGAGUUAAAAAAGGUCAAAGAGAUGCUCCCCUUCCCCGUGUGCUUCGUCCGCAUCCCCAGCACGCCGCCCGAGGCCUCCCCGGAGCCCGGCCGCCGCGCCGACAAGGAGCGGGAGAAGGAGAAGAGCCCCCUGUACAAGCAGCUGCUGUCCCUGGGCCUCCUCAGCACGCCUGUGGGGAACUGCUCGUGCGGCGCCCCCUCCCAGGUGUCGCACGCGGCCGCCAAGCCCCAGAGUGUGCUGGGGGAGGCCUUCGAGAGGCUCCACCGCCUGCUGGUGCCCUUCGCCCGGCAGGUGCUGCAGAACCAGCAGGUGGAGGCAGCCAACCUGCUCAAUGGGGUCCACUGUCGCUGCCUGGACCUCUUCAUCAACCAGGCCUUUGACAUGCAGAGGGACCUGCAGAUCACGCCGCGCCGGCUGGAGUACACACGGGAGAAGGAGGGCGAGCUGUUCACCUCGCUCAUGGCCAUCGCCAACCGCAAGCAGGAGGAGAUGAAGGAGAUGAUCGUGGAGACGCUGAGCAGCAUGAAGGAGCAGCUGCUGGAGGACGCAGCCAACCUGGAGUUCAAAGACGUUAUCGUGACCACCAACGGGGAGCCCGUUUCUUCCAAGGACAUCAAGUCAUGCAUCCACCAGAUCCAGGAGCUGAUAGUGAAGGGGCUGAACCAGGCGGUGGCCAACAAGCUGAUCAGCUCCGUAGACUACCUGAGGGAGAGCUUCGUAGGAACCCUGGAGCGCUGCCUCAGCAGCCUGGAGAAGUCCAACAUGGACUCGUCUGUUCACAACGUCACCUCCAACCACCUCAAACAGAUCCUGAACGCUGCCUAUCAUGUGGAGGUGACCUUUCACUCUGGGUCAUCUGUCACCCGACUGGUCUGGGAGCAGCUUAAACAGAUCAUUCAGAGGAUAACGUUUGUCAACCCUCCCGCCAUCACUCCAGAGUGGAAGAGGAACGUGGCCCAGGAUGCCAUAGAGAGCCUCAGUGCUGCCAAGCUGGCCAAGAGCAUCUGCUCCCAGUUCAGAACCCGCCUCAACAGCUCUCACGACGCCUUCGCCUUCUCCCUGCGCCAGCUGGAAGAGGGCCACACAGGGCGGCUGGAGCGCACCGAGGACCUGUGGCUGCGUGUGAGGAAGGACCACGCCCCCAGGCUGGCCCGCCUCUCUCUGGAGAGCCGCUCUCUGAGGGACGUGCUGCUGCACGGCAAGCCCAAGCUUGGCCGGGAGCUGGGGCGGGGCCAGUAUGGAGUGGUCUACUUGUGUGACAGCUGGGGGGGGCAUUACCCCUGUGCGCUCAAAUCAGUGGUACCUCCGGACGAUAAGCACUGGAACGACCUUGCUCUGGAGUUCCACUACACAAGGACCUUGCCUAAGCAUGAGCGCCUGGUGGACCUGCACGGCUCGGUCAUCGACCACACCUACGGUGGAGGCUCCAGCAUCGCUGUGCUGCUCAUCAUGGAGAGGCUGCACAGAGACCUUUACACUGGCCUCAAGGCGGGCCUGUCACUAAGGGAGAGGCUGCUGAUUGCUUUGGAUGUGGUGGAGGGCAUUCGCUUCCUGCACAGUCAGGGCCUUCUUCACCGCGAUAUUAAGCUAAAGAAUGUUCUGUUGGACAAACAGAACCGGGCCAAGAUCACAGACCUGGGCUUCUGUAAGCCUGAGGCCAUGAUGUCUGGGAGCAUCGUAGGAACGCCCAUCCACAUGGCUCCUGAACUUUUCACAGGAAAGUACGAUAACUCUGUCGAUGUUUACGCUUUUGGAAUCCUCUUCUGGUAUCUCUGCACGGGCUCAGUCAAACUGCCUGAGGCCUUUGAGAAGUGCUCCAGCAAAGACCAGCUGUGGAACAACGUUAAGAAAGGUGCUAGGCCAGAGCGACUGCCCAGCUUUGAUGAGGAAUGCUGGCAGCUGAUGGAAGCCUGUUGGAAUGGAGACCCUUCCAAGAGGCCUCUGCUAGGCAUUGUAGAGCCCAGCCUGCAAAGCAUCAUGGGACGGCUCUGCAACUGUGGCUUAGACCAGAAAAGUAGCAGCCUGGAGGACUCAAACUGAAAACUCAAGAUGGAAGGAAAGGACAGUCGAUCGUGGUUAAAACCGAUUUUUGUGCUUGUAUUUAUGGAAAAGGAGAUGGGACAGUUUGUUUCUGAGAGGGUAAUAGAUAAUGACCAAUAAAGCGUGACCAAGACAAGGUUUUUUUUUCUCGUCAUUUCA